AUGCCCCGUCGCCGUCGUCCUCCGCGAGCGGGCGCCCUGUCCGACCUGCAACCGCUCAAGAUCGCCGCGCAAAUCGCCGCCUUGCAGGUGCUCUUCUAUCUCAUCGCGCUCGUCCUCUUCUUGUUCACCGCGCUCGUGGCCGGCGUGCCAUUCGGUCUGGAUCUCGUGCUGGGAUCGCAGCGCGUUCGAGGGGACACGACACAGGGAUGGGUCCUGGGAUUCGUCUGGCUGCUUGACGGUGGACUCUGCAUGGCCCUGGCCAUCGUCGCCCUCAUCGGGCGCUCCAAGCUCGUCCCGGACUUUGCCAUCACCAUUCAGGCCCUCCACCUGCUCUUCACGACACUCUACUCGCGCGGCCUCCCCCAGUCGUCCAUGUGGUACGCCUCCCUCGUGGGCAGCGCCGCGCUGUGCGCAGGCCUCGGCAUAUGGGGCUGCCAGUACCGCGAGCUGCAGCCUGUCUUCUUCGGCGGCGGCCGCAUCUUGGGGAAUAACCCUCCGCCCAGGGGCACGGUCUCGAGCGACGGCGGUGACGACGAGGAGAUGGGCCUCGUCGGCAAGCGGAGUGGCGAAAACGACGGGCCAGAGGAAUACGAAAUGGGCAAGGUUGGUCGGUGA